AUGCAGACUACUCCUGUGAAAAAAGGUCGGGGCGUCUUGAUGGAGCUCCCGAAUGGCCGCGAUCUCUCAAGCCCCGCGAAAGGUGAGAUCAAAGCAGAGGACGGCUCCGGGACUGCUGUGGUCCUGGAGAAGAAACACCCCCAAAUCCAAGUUAGCGUCAUUCCAUCAGGCCGGCCUCCUUUGUAUUGCUCUCCCGCAAUUCGACGUCGGUCAAGCCUUGCCACGAACAAACCGAAGCGUAUUCGCCAAUCUCCGAGUGCGAAGCGUGUCUCAUUUGGUGGAGAUACUAUCAACAUCAUAUCGCAGCAUCCAAAGGAAUUCAGGUCUCCUGAUGCCGAUACACCGCCAGGAUCCGUUUUAUCACCCUCUCACAAGUCCAGAAAACUUUCUCAUCCAUCAUCGCCCGCCGCGCGACGCAGCCCGGCAUUUGUGAGCAAGAAGACGAGCCUGUUUGGUGGUUCCGAUGGUGAUGACGACACAAUCACUCUUCCCGCACGUCUUCGAGCAUCUCCGCGACCAGGACCGUCGUUAACACCUCUCCCUAGACUUAAAUCACGUGCCACACAACGGGAAGGACCGUCAUUGAACAGCCUGUUGAGUGACGACGUGGAGGAUGAUGAUACCGUCAAUCUACCAAAAGAACCAAGAGUAUCUCUCAACAGGGUGAGUGCUAGUAUGUCGCGACCACCAUUGCCUAUGACCAGCCCUUCCCCGGUGCCUCUACGAAGAAGCUCGGUUGCGAACGCGCGUCAUUCUUUCGGCAUCUUUCUUGACGACGAUAUAUCACGAGGACAGGGCGAUGCUGCCUUGACAGACGAAAACGAUCCACCGGAGUUUAAUGAAGGAGUGCUCUCGGAUGGCAACGAAGCUGAAGCCUCGGACGAGGAUAUCACCCGGGACUUACGCAUCGGAAUGGCAAUCGACAAACUCUUAGAUAGCGACGAAUCUGCAUCUGCUGAUGUCGCAACAGAGAAUGAGUCUGAGCAUAGCGUGCUUCCCACUGUCAGUCCUCCAGCCGAACGGCCGUCACAACCAAGUUCACGACAAUCUUUAGGCUAUAUCAGCGAACUACCGCCUUUGCAAGACGACUGUGGAGGUGACGAUGACAUCACACAACGGCGAUGCAGUAUGGCUCCGGCUGUUGGGCAUCGAGCGGUGAUCGAGGAUGACAGUAGGUCAAAAAGAUUUUCUGUUCAUUCGGCGGUGCAAAUGGGAGAUAUCUUACAUCAGAUUGAACAGGAUGAGCAGGACGACGAUGUAACCAUUCAUUUUCCGUCCGCACAGCAACAGAUGACAGAACCAGAGCGAAGCCCGGUCGCGUAUGCAGUUGAAACCAUUGAGCAUGACAAGAGCGGCAAGAGCGGCAAAGAAGAUGCACUGAAGCAAUACCAGGUCGGCGAGGAAGAAACUGAGGAUCGGGCAGAUGCGAUCCAAAGAGAUGCGGUCUCAGCAUCCGUGCGAGACACAGAUGUUACCUCGCAAGCCGUCUCCCCGCAUGAAAGUGAAGUAAUUCCUGGUGCUCUCUCACCCCGAAAUGAGUGCAACAAAGAGUUAAGUGAAGAUCUAGUGGAUCGUAGGACCACUUCGGAAAACCAUAUCAAGUCCUCACCGUCAUGCAACAUUGCGCAACCCCCAUCGCGAUCACCGCUAAAGGAACAGCGGAAACUCUUCGAAUCAGAUGAUACAGAGACCCUCCAUUUCCAUAGCACCAAUCCCAAUCAGAAGAAGACAUCCGCGAGUGACAAUUCUCCUGCUAAGGCUAAGAAUGGGAUAAAUGCAGCAAAAGGCGUGGAUCAAGUCUCCAACGGCGUUGAGACGUCUUCUGCUGAUGACAACAAGCCGCCUGUGGAAAAGAUGUCGGACAGUAGCAGGGCGGCUAAUGCUGCAAUCCAAGAUAGAGACACAUUGGAGCCCCCGACCACCAAUACAAUGGUCACUCCAAGAUCAGAAACGUGAAAGAGAGUACGAGCUUGCGUUUCUGAGAAAUUUCUGCCCAACAGCACAACAAAGGUCUCUACCCCCCUUUCGGCUCCUGGUUCGAAGAUUCGCUCAUCCAUGCUUGAAAGGAGUGCUUCGCAGAGAAAAAGUGGGCGAGAUUCCAAGGUGGAUGAGCUCUCAGUUUCAGAGAUGAAGCCAUCAGCCGCAAAAGCAGCAAAGCAGCAGGAUCUUUUCAGCAUGGCUGACUUUUUAGGGUCAUGCAACCUUCGCUUUGAAGACCACCGAAUCCAAUGCAUUCGUGAGCCAUCGUUCUCACCAGAGGUAUUAUCUUCAGAUGUAGAUAAAGCAUCUGCUGAGUGGCGAAUGCUUCACUUCACAAAGAAGGAAAAGUACUUAAGUCAUCUCCAGAUUCAGGUUCGCAAACAGAAGGAGUUAUUCUCCUCGACCGUGGAGCGCAUAAGCGCUCUGGAGAGCGAUAUUCUUCGUCAACAUCCCCCUGUAUAUUCGUUCAUGUCGAAAAAUAACUCCCGGGAAGGCAAGGAAGUUGCAAAUUGCCGAGUUGGACUAAAGCGUUUGCGAAAAGCCUGUCACUUCAAAAACCGAUUGGACUGGGUCCUUUCCCGUCAAAAGUGGGAAAGCGACAUCCGGAAUGGUCUCGAAGAAUCAGCAGAAGCUUGUGAGACAGAUGUAACUACUUUGCGGGCGAUGGAGAAGGCCAUAACUUCUCGAACUGCGAACCUUGCAGAAGCGCUGGCCAGUCUGAACUUCAAACAGGAUAGCCAGGUUCCAGAUGUGCCUGGAGACGUGAUCAUGAAAAGGGAGCAAAUAGCAAGCGACUUGGCCUACAAUUCUGAAGUUCGUGGGUUAAUAUCUUCAAAUAUUGCAAGCCAAACCCAGGAUGCUGAGGAAAGCGAAAUGCUAUUGCCGAAGAAAGAUCAGUUGAUAUCUCAACUGAGGGACUUGGAGUUGUACGCUGGGGCUCAAGCUGACAGAAAAUUGAAGUUGAAGGUCCGGGAAGGUAAGGAGCGAAACUUGCUUUUGUGUGAGAUAGCAGGUUUCAGACCUAAAGAAAUCAGCACCGUAGCAAUUUCUGGCGCCCUUGGUGAUUUGAUGAACAUCGAGGUGACAAUGUCUGGAGACGAUGUUGAAUCAGUACAGGUGCAUCCUAUUGAUUCGUGGUCAGGCAGCGGUGCUUUCUUAGAAGCGUAUGUGCAAGGGGCCGUGUCUCUCUCACGUGAUCAGCUGAUGACGAUACAGGCAGUUAGAGAGGUACCUUUUGCGCUUCACUGUUCUGCGAAGAAACUUCUGUACGCGAAGAAUUUCAUGGACGAUGUAACCGAAUACUUUGAAAGCCAUAUCGGAGAGGCAUCCGGUGCGAAUGUAGUUGAAGGGCAACUUCCAUCCUUAGAUGUCAGUCUAGUCGGUUCAUUCUAUUCACUCACCGAAUGGACAAAAUUCGACGUUGCUGUGACAAUAUCCACUUACUUUUCCAGCAAAAUGGCGGUGAGUCCCUACCAGGAAGUGAAGGAAAUCGCUGUCCGCAGAUUCAUUGGUGAUGCUCCAUCCGAUGAUGUAAUUCGAGAGGCGUUUAUUGUAUCCGGGUUCAGAAAAAACGCCAGAACUCUCAGUGUGUGCGAAGCAUUUUCCGGAGUCUGGAAAUUAUUGUAGCGGAAGUGCUUUCUGUAAAUGCCUAGGAAUCUUUUUUCGAA